GAGAGAGAGAGAGAGAGAGAGAGAGAGAGAGAGAGAGAGAGAGAGAGAAAGGGGGAGGGGGCGCUCGCUCUCGCUCUCUCGCUCUCUCUGGGAGUGGAGAGAGCGCGAUUUCGCUCCCAAACUCCGAGCUGCUGGUCUGGACUCUUUGCUGCGGGUUUCGCACUAGCUGGAGAGCCAGCCCGAGCCCCGGACGACGGGCGCGCACUCGGGCUGCGCUCCAGCUCCUGCUCGCCUCUGGCCGCCUGUGCUGAGCCUAACGGAGCUCGGGAGAAUCGAGGCUAGCCGAGCCGAGCCAGGUGUCGCUGCGCCGCCUCCCCUCCGGUUUUCAGUCAAGCCUCCCGGGGUCCGCUCCCUCCCGAGGUGGCGACGGCGGCGGCGGCAGCUGCAGGCGCAGGGCCGGUGAGGGCUGGGUAGCGAGGGCAGGAUGGGGGAGCCCCGGCGGCGCCCAGUGGCGCCCGCCCUGCCCGCGUCCCUCGGCGCCUCGGCGGCCGGCUGCGGGCGGCGGGAGAACGCCUGAGCCGGAUGGAGCGGGGCGCCUUGGCCGCCGCCGCCACCGCCUCCUCCUCGUCCUCGUCCUCCUCCUCGUCCUCGUCCUCGUCCUCCUCCUUCUCCUCGUCCUCCUCCCCGGGGCCACCAUGCGAGCCAUGAACUGCCCGCGUGUCUGCCUUCUGCUCGCCGAGCUCCUGGACCUGGCGCUGGGCUACCUGACUGUGAGCAUUGAGCCACUUCCACCUGUGGUGGUUGGAGAUGCUGUGACAUUGAAAUGUAACUUCAAGACAGAUGGCCGGAUGCGAGAAAUCGUCUGGUAUAGGGUAACAGACGGUGGGACCAUCAAGCAAAAGAUCUUCACAUUUGAUGCCAUGUUCUCCACCAACUCUUCCCACAUGGAGAAUUACCGGAAGAGGGAAGAUCUUGUCUAUCAGUCCACUGUGAGGCUGCCAGAGGUCCGGAUCUCUGACAAUGGGCCCUAUGAGUGCCACGUGGGAAUCUACGACCGAGCCACAAGAGAGAAGGUGGUCCUGGCAUCAGGCAACAUCUUCCUCAACGUCAUGUCUCCUCCCACUUCCAUCGCUGUGGUGGCUGCUGACACACCUGCCCCAUUCAGCCGCUAUCAGGCUCAGAACUUUACCCUGGUCUGCAUUGUGUCAGGAGGAAAGCCAGCCCCUGUGGUUUACUUCAAAAGAGAUGGGGAGCCCAUUGAAGCUGUGUCCCUGUCAGAACCUGCAGUUGGGACAGCGGCCCUCCAGGAUAGCAGAGCAUUUCGUAGCCUGCUGCACCGUGACCUGGAUGAUACUAAGAUGCAGAAAUCGCUCUCCCUGCUGGAUGCUGAGGGCAGGGGUGGGCAUCCCUAUACUGAGGGACCCUUCCGGGGCCUGACUCCGGACCCAAGCCUCGUCCUCCAGCCUACAACUGAGAACAUCCCAGAGACUGUGGUGAGCCGGGAGUUCCCCCGUUGGGUCCACAGUGCAGAGCCUGUUUACUUUCUGCGUCAUAGCCGUGCCCCAGGCAGUGAUGGCACUGUGGAGGUGCGUGCCCUGCUCACCUGGACCCUCAACCCCCAGGUGGACAAUGAGGCCCUCUUCAGCUGUGAGGUCAAGCACCCAGCUCUCUCCAUGCCCAUGCAAGCUGAGGUCACACUUGUUGCCCCCAAAGGCCCGAAAAUCAUGAUGACGCCCACCAGAGCCCGAGUGGGAGACACUGUGAGGAUCCUGGUCCAUGGCUUUCAGAAUGAAGUCUUCCCUGAGCCCCUGUUCACUUGGACCCGAGUGGGGAGCCGCCUUCUGGAUGGCAGCACAGAACACGAUGGGAAGGAGCUGGUACUGGAGAGAGUACCCGCUGAGCUCAAUGGCUCCAUGUACCGAUGCACAGCCCAGAAUCCCCUGGGCUCCACUGACACCCACACCCGCCUCAUCGUAUUUGAAAACCCAAAUAUUCCCAGAGGAACAGAGGACUCCAAUGGUUCCGCUCCGAGCCCUGCUGGUGCCAGGCUGACUUGGGUGUUGGCCCUAACAGUGAUCCUUGAGUUGACGUGAAGACCUGAGACCCCUCUCCUCUUGGUGGCUCCAUCCGCCAUCUACAUCUCCGUCCAUUGGUCGGGUUUCAUUUCUUUUCUAAAACUAUUUCCAAGUCUUGUUCUCGGUCUCUUUCUGUCUGUGUCUUGGCUUCCUCAGUCAGUUUAAUUAAAACAAACAAAACCAUUUUCCCCCGUUGGUCAGCUGCUUGGCAUGUUCUUUUCAUUCAUGGGUUCAUUUAUGGAGGACUGGAUAUGACUUCAAGACUACAGCAGGCUCCAUGGGAGGGGGGCAUGAGCAGGGACAGAAAGAAAGAAUAGACACAACUCUUGCCCUCAGGGAACUCCCAUUAGCCACCUUCUGCCAAAGGAGGCAUAGCAUAGUAAAUCUGAGUAACUGGCAUUAGGAUCUGAGGGCCUGGAUUUGAAUUCGGAUUGUUGCUUAAAGGUUUAUGGAAUACUUUCCCAUCGUAUACCUGUGAGGUUGGUACUUUAAGUAUUUUUAAACCCCUUUCACAGAAAAGGAAAUCGAGGUUCAGAGAGGCAGUUGGUUGGCCCAUAGAAUACAGCCCUGGACUUGAUAUCAGAAAGAGCUAAGUUUGAAUUCUUCUUCAGACAUUUUCUUGCUGUGUGAUCCUGGGUAUAAUUAAAGCCCCCUCAAGCCUCAGUUUUCUCGCCUGUACAAUGGAGAUAAUAAUAGCACCUACCUCAUAGACUUGUAAUUAUAUAUACAUAUAUAUAUAUUUAAAGCAUUUGGCAAAUCUUAAAGUACUAUAUAAAUGCUAGUUGUUAUUAUUAUUAUUAGCCAGACACAUAGAUAAAUUAAGCACCAAAGGAUUUGAACCCCAUAUUCAUUCUACUACAUGCUAUGCCAUCUUAUUGCCUGUCUGACAUUGGGCAAUUCUACUCUCUGGACCUCAGUUGCCUCAAAUGAAGGGAAUGGACUAGAUGAACUCUGAGGUCCCUUCUAGCUCUAAAUUUUAGUUUCUAAUUCCAAUUCCCCAAUUUUCUCAGUUUUCCACAAUCUGGACUCCUUGAAGGCAAAGACCGUGUUGGAAGUGCAUUGAGACAUGUAUCUCCAUCUUUCCCCUAGAACACUCAAAUUGGUCUCCCUGCCUUGAGUCUCUCCCCCCUCUUAGUCCAUCUUCCACUCAGCCACCAGUGAUUUUCCUAACAAUCGAAUCCUAUCAUCCCUAUUAUUCAGUCAACUUUAGUGACUCCCUACUAGCUCCAGAAUCAAAUGUAAUCUCGAAACCUCCUAUUUGGUAUCCAAAGCCCUUCGUCGCCUGGCCCCUUCCUCUGAUUCCAGUCUUCUUACACCUUCCUUCUCUGCACACUAUGCUGCCCUUCUUGCUUUUCCUCACUCAAGACCUUCAUUGACCAUCUCCAUUCCUUUAAUUGGCUCUCUCAUCUCUAUAAUAGUCAUCCCUACUCACCCUGGGCUCCUGGCUACCCUGGCUCAAAUGCCAUCUUCCACAGGCUCUCCCCAAUUGCUAGUGCCUUCCCUUCUCAGAUUACCUCCCAUAUUCUUUGUAUAUAUCUUAUGCAUACCUAGCUAUUUCCAUGUUCCCUCCCCUAUUCCAGUAGGAGCUCCCCAAGGACAAAGACAGUUGUUUUGUUUUUUUUCCUUCCUUUGUAUCUUUGGCGCUUAGCACAGUGCCUGGCACACAGUAAGUGCUUAAAUAAAUGUUUGUUGACUGCUUAACAUGGACCUCCCACAGAAAGUCCAUGCAGAAUGGGGGGGGAAAGUAGCAGAAUGAUGAAAGUGGCCUGAUCUUUUCAAAGAUAGAGGAAAUGGAAAUUAUCUUCCAAAAGGGAGGUGGGAAGAAAACAUUCUAGGUAGGUGACCCAGUGGAAACCCAGGCAUGGAGGUGAGAAUGUUUUGUACAAGGAGCCCUAUAGGGAGAGGGACCUGAUUUGAAUAGGGAGACCAAGUUGGGGAGGGGAAAGCCCAGGGAGUCCAGAUAAAAAAGAAAAAUAAUAAGAAGCAACUCUCACUUUUGCUAUCAGGGGUUUGCAAAAGCACUUUCUUCAAGAAGACUACAGAUAAGUAGUGCAAGCAUUUGGACCCCCAUUUUCCAGAUGAGGAAACUGAGGCUCAGAGAGCUCAGAGUGUAGAGCUCUACAGGACCUUAGAGAUUCACUAACCCAACCACUUCAUUUUACAGAUGAGAAAAUUAGAGUGAUCCAAUCAUUUUGGAAAGCAGUUUGGAAUUAGGCUAAAAAGUUUACUAAAAUGUCCAUCCACUUUGGCCCAGAGAUUCCCCAGUUGGGCAUGUACCCAAGGAAGUUAAAGGUAGAAAGAAAGUAAAGCCCCCAUGUAUGCCACAAUAUUUAAAGAAAUGGUUUUUGUAGAAGCCAAGAACUGGAUAUAAAGUAGGUACCCCCUGGAUUAGGGAAUGGCUAAACAAGUUGUGGUCCAUGAGUGCCAUGGGAUAUCAUUGCACUGUAGGAAACACUAUGAAGAAUUCAGAGAAAACUGGAAAGAUGAGGAAGAAGCAGAAAGACAUGAUGACAACAGCAAUGCAUAUGAAAAGAACAGUGUUGUGAAACUAUAAUGGCCAUGGUUGGCCCCAAGAGGAGGGAUGAGAAAGGGUAUCUCCCUCCAUUUUUUUUAACAAAGGUGGGGGGUGAUGGGUGGGUUAUACUGCAUGCACUGCCAGACUUGGUCAAUGUGUUGAUUUGUUAGUUUUGCUGAACUGCUUCCUCCCCCCACCCAUUUUUUAUUCAUUGUUACAAGGUAUGUCUUGUUCAGUAGGGGAAGGGGAGGGAUAUAUUCUGAAAAGAAGGUGAUGUAAAAACAAAAAGAUGUCAAUAAAACAUUUUUUAAAAAGAAAA